AUGUAUGCAAGCAACAUUAUCGACGGUGUCUCAAAGGUUGCAUGCUUACAGGACUUUCGAUGUCAAAACAAAAUAAAAUACAGGAAGAUGGAAAAAUUGCCGCCAGUCUAUCCCAACGGAUGGUUCGCUUUACUCGAAAGUUCACAGUUAAAAGUGGGAGAAGUGAAACACGUAUCAGCUCUUGGAGAAAAUUUUGCCGUGUUUAGGACCGAGAAGGGUAUCGUCAAAAUUCUCGAUGCGUAUUGCCCACAUUUAGGGGCAAACAUGGGUGAGGGUGGACGCGUGAGAGGAGAAUGUUUGGAAUGUCCUUUCCAUAAAUGGCUUUUUUGUGGUGACGAUGGUCGUUGUUUGGAUAUACCUUAUGCCGAGAGAGUACCGAACGUUGCUAAGACAAAAUCAUGGAGGUGCUGCGAAGUUAAUAAAAUAAUAUUCGUAUGGUAUCACGCAGAAUCGGCGACACCGGAUUGGCAACCACAAUCCCAUGAACAAAUUUCCAAUGGGAAUUGGCGGUUUCAAGGUCGGAACGAAUUUAUCGUCAAUUGUCAUAUACAGGAUAUAGCGGAAAACGGUGCCGACAUGGCACACCUUAGCGCUGUUCAUGGACCAGCGUUAUUUCUCUCGGAGGACGUGAUGCGUUUAGUUCGUCACACAUGGUCGAACGCAAGAUGGACACCACAAUCGAGCGUGUCCAAGGAUGAAUCAUCGAAAGAAAUGUCGAUGAACAAAAACAGUCCGGAAGAUGAAAAGCAUAGAGCCAAUAUGACACUUCGUCACAGUUUGUUGCUUCUUGAUCGAUUCGAUAUACUCGAAUUAAACGUUAAGGUCGAACAAAUCGGUCCAGGAUACGUAGAGUUGCUGGUUCAAACAACAUUUGGGAAUAUGUUCAUAUUACAAACGGUGACACCGAUCGAACCAUUGUUGCAACGUAUCUGUCACAUCAUUUUUUCUCCGCCAUUAUUGGCACCGUACGCCAGUAUCGUAUUUCUUGGUGAAUGUAUUAUGUUCGAGAGGGACGUUGCUAUUUGGAAUCACAAAAGAUUCGAAACACGGCCGAUCCUAGUAAAAGAGGAUAAAACCAUUGCCGCUUAUCGAAAAUGGUAUUCUCAGUUUUACUCCGCUAAUAGUCCGACUUAUCAGACAGCAACAAAAAGCUUGCAGUGGUGA